GACCAGGCGACUCCGUCGGGGAGAGCGGCGGUCGGUCGGUCUGUCGGUCGGGGUCGGUGCACGGUGAAAGGAGCACGGUGCACGGCUGGUUGACAGACGGUGAACAGUGAUCUAGUCAAUACUGGGCAGUGCCUGGUGAUACACGGACUGACUGAGCAGCGUGCCUCCGAGUGGUCGGGCGUCGACCUGCAAAAGUCCACGUUACUCAUACCCUGUGUGCGAAACUCAGUACCGACCUCCAGCUUACGGGUGCAUCAUCCCUCUGAAAGGGAAGGUCAGUCAACUAACAGCCCCCGGAGCCGGAUCCAUCACAGCUCGUUAGGGAGUCCUCCUGAACAGCGUGUUGGAGCAACCGCAGACCCAAGAUUUCUUCACUGACUGCCGUCUGACGUCUCUCCACCGACUGGGCCCUCGGGCGCCCUUACCCGUUCAUUACAUCCUAACUGGGCGGCGUGAUCACCAGCCUAGCCUUACAUCCUUCACAUCGGACGUACCGAUCGAGCGUACCGUCUGUCCUCUCCACUCUACCACUACCUCGCCAGAUCUCCUUCACCAUGAUCUCCAUCAUCAUCUACCGCAUGUUCUUCAGCGACGGCCGCCACAAGGGUCUGUACGUGCUCACCAUGACUGCCUACUACACCAUGUGCUUCCUGCUGGUGUCCGGGCCGCUGGCCAUGCUGUCGGAGGAGGAGGAGAGCCCGCCGCUGCUGCCAGUAGCCGAGGUGCCGCUCUCGGAGGUCACCACGGCUGAACUCCGGCGGAGGAACGUUGCAGACCGGUGGGCCCUCCGCGGCCGGCUGGUGGAGCGCUACUGCCAGGAGGCCGGUGCCACCAGGGCGCACAGCCGGCCCGGCCCCAACAUCCGCGGCCUGCUCAUCUCCAGCCGUCACAAACUAGCCUCGUGCGCCGAGGGGGACACCGGUGACCACUUCUGGCUGAGGACAUUCACGAGACUGGCUCGUGCCGACCCCAGCCACCGCUGCGGAGAGCGACCCAACGACCUGACCCGCUGUCGGGAGGACGCCCGCCGCCUGCAGGCACUGAAGGACGGCAGCUCCGGCAGCCCGUUGGACUCUGCCGACUGGACCCAUGUGGUGACCGUGAGCCAUCCUUACUCGAGGCUAGCAGCAGCCUACCUCAGGAAACCGUUCCCCACGGCGACCUCGACAUUCCCCGAGGCGGUGCACGCGCUGAACUCUGGCGACGCCGGUCUGCCGGAGGGCCUCGGACCGCUGACAGUGACCUGUGACCUCUGCGGGGUCAUCGGCCGGCGGCUGAUCGUCCAGAAAGAGACGGAGGACGAGGAGCUGGAGGAACUGGGCCGACAGUGGGGUAUCUCUGACUACCUGCGGCGGCCGGCGCCGAACCCGCGCAGUCCGGCGGCCCGGGCGGCAGCGGCCGGUCCCAGCCCCUCCACAGUCUCCCAGCUGCUCGGCCAGCUGUCGGCUGACCAGCUGCGGCAGCUGCAGCGGCUCUACCGGGCCGACUUCGAGGCGCUGUCCUUCUACGACCCGGCAGAGUUCCAGGGAUCAGCCGCGUCACCGCCGGACUACAAAGAGCCAGUGCGGAUACCAGUGCAAGAGCUGACACGUAAAACGAGCCAAUCAAAGGACCCGGAGGGCCUAUAAGUGGCCGGGACGUUGGAUCUCGGCAGUGUGAUGACAAAUUCAACCGAUGAGAGUGAUGUAUAAUCUUGCCGGUGAGGUGAAGGACUCCACUGGUACGAGUACACUGGCCACAGAAUCUCCUACGACUGAUAGCUUCGUACCCUGCCAACAGGGACGCUGUCGGGUUUAGUCUCCGUCUCUCCGAUAGCCAUGAACCAGCCCCCAACUGCCGUACCCUGAGGGUAGGGUUAUCCGGAGAUAUCGGAGAAUCAGGGGAGCGCUGCAUGCGAUUGAAGGUGAACGCGAAACCCUGCACGGACCAGUCAAUGUAGAUAUGACCUCGUUCUUACCGCUCCUAUAGAAGGCGAUUGUCAUGCAGGAACGAAGCUUGAGGCUAACUUUCAUCGAUAAGAUGGACUCAAGAUCGCAGAUAACGUGAUUGUUGCUCGUCUACAAAGACAUUCAGCUAUUUGUGAGGGGUGACCAAAGCACCGUGAUUUGUGCCGAUAUAACCAGUUCGCGCUGUGAACAUACCAUGCUCUUACACGAAGAGAAUAGGAAAAUCGGCACGGGAUAGUUAGUAGUUACCCUGAAACGCAUUUCUGUGGGUACUGACUGAUAUCGUGCGUGCUAUUGUUACUUGUUAUAGAUGUUACUUAGGAUAGCGGAGGUUCCUGUGUAGUUUUCAUUCAGAACCGGGCAUUGACGCGGAUACAUGACAAAAAUACUGCCGAUGUCAUUCAUGUAUGGCGCACGCUGUGUAAUAAACAAAUUCACAAUCGA